UACACUGUUGUCUCACUCCUCAGCUGUGCUCACAAGCAGUUGACAGACUCGAACAAGAAUGUUAUUUGCUGCUAUCCCAUUGGCAACACUGGUUACUGUCUCACUCUUGCCUGUGGCGUUAACAACACUUUUCCAGACCCCAGGUGAGGUGAAGGUGUUGGGGGAGGAGGUGGAGGCGAUGAGGCAGGUGUUGGAGGCCUCCUCACAACCCCAGUGUUCCCUCAUAAUCCUUACAGACGGCACCACCUCACACCUCACCCACCACCAGAUAUGGGAGGAGGUGAGGCGGACCUCGGGUGUGGUGGUAUUGGAGGUGCGGGGCGACCUGGACCACAAUAACACACACAUGCUGCUCUCCCACGCCCGCAAGAUGCGGGUGUUGUCAUGGUGUGUGACAGUGGUGGUGGUGAGCGACUCCCCCUCCUUCCUGGCCACCUUUGCCGCGUCAUCAGACAGUGGCCGCCUGCUGGUGUGGACGACGAAGAUGCUGGUGGUGACCAGAGUGCCUCUCCCUGAGCUGCGUCACCUCCUUCACCACUACUGGGUGUUCUCCAUGAUGAACACCAUGUUCCUCACCCUAGCUGAUGCCUCACAUGACCGAAGGUGGGACGUAUAUGCUCAGCUGCCGUACACCCCAAGAGGAGCAGUAGUAUUGCGGGUGGCUUGCUGGAGUCGAACUCGGGGACUGGUGCUUCUCUCUCACCUACAGCUGUUUCCAGAGAAAUUCGAGAAUUUCCACGGGGCCGCUGUGAACGUGAGUGUGUGGCCGUUUUCGCCGUAUUGGAUGGAAGUGGAGGAGACCAUCCCGGAGGGUAGGAAGGUCUCCAGGCUCACCGGUCGUGCUUACAUCAUCUUGGAGACGAUCGCCUCUACUCUCAACUUUUCUAUCAACGUCCUCCCGCCCAAUAAUCUGAAUGAGGUUAUGCAACGUAUCGAGCAGCGAGAAGCCUUGAUGAUGCCCAUGAAGCUGGCCAUUUUGCCUCACCUGCUGGAGAAAUACGACUACACUUUCGUGAUAGAGGAAGCCACCUUGAGCUUCGCCAUGGCCAAACCUCAGUUGAAGCCUCACUGGGAAGCUCUCUACCACCCCAUGACAGGAGAAGUCUGGGGGUCUAUAUUACUGCUGUUGCUGCUGGUUCCUGUUACCUUGAUGCUGAUCACGCGUGAGAACCUCAAGACAGGUCGCCAUAGAAGACAAGUGACAGACACACUGAUGGUUAUACAUAAAGUGUCUAAAACGGCAAAAGAAGAGAAUUUGUCUCAGAAGAUUAGUGUCGACAAAGACGGAAAUAUACAAAACCCAAAUGUUAAAGCGUGGACAGUGGUACAAGAGAUCUUAGGAACUCUUCUCGGCCAGAACCUCACAGGACAACUCCCCAGUAAUAGCUCAACGAGAGUCCUGGUGGCGACGUGGCUGUUGUUUGCCUUCAUCGUCGCCUCCGCCUACAGGAGUACUCUCACCGCCUUUCUCACCGUGCCCAAGUAUCCCGCCCGACCCGAGAACCUUGAAGAACUGUUGAUGACGAACACGAGGGUGAUGAUGCCACCGGACCUACGUGUCAACUUCUACAACAGUUUUAAGCAAUCCAACUCCACCCUCUUCAAAACUCUGGUCGAGAGAAUCUACUUCGUGCCUUCUCACACUGUUGGUCUCCAGCAAGCCAUCGACAAGCGCGACGCCUACAUAUAUGAGGGGUUGCUGUUGAAACUGUUGAUCGCCAAGAACUACACAGGGAAGGACGGGUGGACACCGCUGUAUGUGGCCAGACAGGCAGUGGUGCCGGGCUACUCCGCCUGGCUCCUGCCUCGUGACGCCCCAUACAAACACAACUUAGAUCGAUGUAUCUUCGCCUUCCACGGGGCUGGGUUGAUCCGGAAGUGGAGUCAAGUAGUACUGGACGAGAGCCGCCAGCGUGAGAGAGAUAAAACUCACCACCAACAGCAGGAGGCCGUGGAAGUAGUCGACCAUGUCGAGUCUAGUUCUGGUUUCCAACAACUCACCGUCACCCACCUCCAGGGACCUAUCCUUCUCCUGGUCUUGGGUCUUACUUUAGCCUCCCACGUCUUCGUCGGGGAGGUGCUCAUACGCUAUUGCUUACGGUGAAGGACCUUCAGGAGAACAACACACAGUUAUGACAUGAUUAUAAAACGGUAGAUUCUACAUACAUGGUAAACAUUUUACACGUGUUAACUUUGCUUUAGUCUUCUACACACAUUAACCCAAGGUAGGUAUCUACCUACCUUGCAUUAACCGUCACCCUUUACCAGUUUUAUUAAUCAGAAUUCCUGCACACAACCAUACACAUAGAACUUCUUUUUAGAUUUUCAGCAUUACACAUACAGGUCCUGUUCUGUUUUGAACUCAUCGUUUCAGGCUCAAUAAUAUGGAAGACUGUAAAUAUGAUUACAUAAAUAAUAAAAUUUAAGCA